AUGGCGAUGUUGGCGCGAAGGCCAACGAGGAUAGUCGGGGGAAAGGAUGCGGAGAAAGGACUACAUCCUUGGCAAAUCUCGGUGCACUGGGGUAAUCAAGCGCGGAAAAUUCGACAGAGACACGUUUGUGGUGGCAGUUUGCUGUCAGCUGGGUGGGUGCUCACAGCUGGACAUUGCAAAACCUUAGCACCACCGGGAGAGUUCAUGGCCCUAGCUGGAAAAUACAAGCUUAGGGAUCCCGAGGACACCGAGCAAAGUAGAAUGGUAGCCAAAGUCUUCGUCCACCCAAAUUAUGACGGAACUGUGGCGCCGUACGACAUAGCGCUGAUGAUGUUAGAACAGCCGUUCGAUUUGAAUCCCUUCGUCUCCACGGUGUCGUUGCCGUAUCCUGAUUCCCUACCCACGGGAGAUGUCAUGUUGACUGGCUGGGGCAGCAUCGGAAGAACGCGUAAGCCAGAAGCCCCGGAAGUUCUUCAGGCAGCCACGUUACCAGUCAUUGAUUACGAUUUAUGCAAACUCACACUUGACAAGAGCUUGAAACGGAAAGAUAAGAAUCCUCUUCAUGAAACGAAUAUCUGCACGGGACCUUUAGACGGUAGCUUAUCGGCUUGCAAGGGUGAUUCUGGAGGACCCCUAGUCAGGAAGAACGCCUUUAAUGAAGUAGAAGUGGUGGGAAUCGUUUCUUGGGGUUUGUUCCCCUGCGGCGGAAAGAACGCACCCUCUGUAUACACCAGAGUAUCCGCCUUCAUCACAUGGAUCGUCGUGAUUAUGUUAAAUCAUUCUUAAGUAACUACCACAAGA